AUGGGUAGUUCACAUAGUGGAGUACGAAUUAUUGAAAAUCCGGAUGAACUCUACGAAUAUAAUAAGAAUGUUCGACCACCCCAUAAACCAGUACCGAUAAUAUCUCAUCCAGCUAAAUUACAUGAAGAAGCAAAAACAACAAAAGAUAUUCCAUUAGACUUAUCAUCUUCAUUGGGCCUCGAUUAUCCAGCAAGUUGUCCAAAUCUUCUUUGUGGUUACAUUCAUAUUAAUUCAAAUGAAUCAUUUAAACAAGAUUGUGUUCUAUCAUGUACUUCUCUUUGUUUAUAUGUAAUUCGUGGUCAUGGUAAAACAAAACUAUUCGAUGAAGGUGAAGUUAAUUGGUCAAAAGGUGAUCUUCUUGUUGUUCCAUAUCAAUUACAAUCAUUGGAACAUUUUGCAAAUGAAGAUUCAGUAUUUUAUUAUGUACAUGAUGGACCAUUAGUUAAAUAUUUACGAGUAGUACCAUCAGAAAAAGCUUUUUCAACAACAGUUUUUCGAGAAAAAGUUUUAAAAGAUAAAGUUGAAAGUAUUCGAGAAAAACCCGAUAGUGAACAUGCAAAUCGAUUAGGAACAUUAAUAGGAAAUCCAAGUACAAGUGAAACAAAAACAUUAACACAUACAUUAUGGGCUUUAUUAAAUGUAUUACCAGCUAAUUCAAUGCAAAAACCUCAUCGACAUAAUGCCGUAGCAUUAGAUUUAGUAACAUAUGCUCCAAAAGGAAAAUGUUAUACAUUAAUUGGAGAUGACUUAGAUGAAGAUGGUAAAAUUAAAUCACCAAAACGUUUAGAUUGGGAAACAGGUGCAUCAUUUACAACUCCACUUGGUAUGUGGCAUUCACAUCAUAAUGAAUCGGAAGAAGAAGAUGCUUGGAUUUUACCAGUUCAAGAUGCUGGUCUUUCACUUCAUCAAGGUUUAUAUGAUAUUCGAUUUGCAGAUGAAGAAUGGAAAUAUAUAAAAGAUAAACACGCAAUUAAAAGUAUCAUUUAUUGA